ACACUAAAUUGACACAGACAAAAAAAAAUAGCAGACAGCAUUAGAUGUUAUUUCAACAUUUAAGGACACUGAAACAACGACAGGUUAACUUCAAAUUGAAUGGCUUUUCGGAAGGCAAUCUGUAAACCAUCAAGCUUCUUUUAUUUCGCUAUAAAACACAAGUCAACUCAAAAACAAAGUUUUUCAGGUCAGGGAGUAUGUUUGUCCUACAGAAAUUACCAAGAGCCUGGCAGUUCAGGGCCUCCUGUAGUUAUAACUCAUGGUCUUAUGGGAAACAAAGAUAACUGGCACUCUUUAUCAAAACUGUGGGGUAAAAAGGGAAGACAGGUUAUAACAGUUGAUGUCAGGAACCAUGGUGAAAGUCCACACACUCAAAGUAUGGACUAUUUUCUAAUGAGUGAAGAUAUUAUUAACCUAUUAGAUGAAUUGUCAAUAGAUAAGGCUUGUUUACUGGGACACAGUAUGGGCGGGAAAAUGUCCAUGGUCACAGCUCUACAACAUCCAGAGAGAGUUGACAGUUUAAUUGUAGUAGAUGUUUCACCAACAGUUAGUCCCAGAGCUAAGACAUAUCCAGCCUUCUUACAAAUGAUGCUGAAAAUUCAAGUACAGUUAUACAUGCAGCAAGAUCUCCCUGUAUCUGAGGCUAGAAAGAUUGCUAUCAACAUGUUAAAGGAAGUCGAACCUGAAUCACUUGUAAGACAGUUCCUAGCAUCUAACCUCAUACAGAAAAAUAACAGAUUUGUGUGGAAGGUGUACCUGGACAGUAUUAUAAACAAUUUUAGUGAUAUUUGUGGUUUUCCUCAGUUUACAAAUGUGCAAUAUGAUGGACCUACUUUGUUUGUGGGAGGAUCUGAAUCUAAAUAUAUAAGCGAAUCAGAAGAACCAGAAAUUAAAAGACUUUUCCCUAAAUCUCAGAUACAACACAUAGAAGGUGCUGGCCACUGGGUUCAUUCUGAUAAACCUUCAGCUUUCUUAGAUGUAGUUAACAAAUUCUUAAAAGAACAUCAGGAAUAAUUUAUAUAUUUAUUACAUUUUUAUAUUUAACAUA